ACUCGCAAAAACCUAUUAACACGUGAUCUAUCGAUAACGCCUAAAAACAUCAUGUGGUGGGCGACGUCCCCAGUUCAACCAAGACCAUUCUUCCCUCUCCUCCCAGGACCCGCCAAAUCGGUGAAAACCCUCACCUUCUCAGCCAAAGCUCAGCCUCCCAGCCACCAGCCUUCCCCAACAUCGAAACACCAACAACAGCAAGGGGAAGGUAGAAGAGCAAAGCAAUUUAGUGGGUUCGAUGUGCUUUGGGCUAUGCAAAGAGCAACUGCCGAGAAAAACAAAGUGAGCGGUGGUAGUAAAAAGAAUAAUAAGACGAGAAAGGGUUUUGUCUCCGGGGGAAUCCAGAGAGAAGAGAAUAGCGUGGAGUAUAGUAAUGUGAAGCCUUUGUGCAUAAAGAAUGAUUGGGAUGUUAGAUUGGAUGAGUUGGAAAAGCGUCUUCAGGAGCUCUCUGACACAAACUGAAGAAGAUUGAGGCUUGCGUUUCUGUGCCUUGUAAAUGAUUGCCUGUAAUUGAUCAUCCUUUUCUUAACCCUUGCUGUGAACCCCCCCCCCCCCCCUGAUGUUACACAAAUAUAUAAAUAUUUGGACUUGAAUUCACAGACCGUGCCAGAGGUUUAAAAGAAAAAAAAAAGUAUUUUUUAAUGUUCUUUUUGGUUGCUGAGAAAAUUUGUAAUUCAUAAUUCAUGUUAGAGUUUUCAUUUAUUAUUUA